AUGCUGGUGAUUCUGCUGUCAGUGGCCCUGCUGGCCCUGAGCUCAGCUGAGAACUUAAAUGAAGGAAAGCCACAAGGACCACCCCCACAAGGAGGAAACCAGCCCCAAGGUCCCCCACCUCCUCCAGGAAAGCCACAAGGACCACCCCCACAAGGAGGCAACAAACCUCCAGGUCCCCCACCUCCAGGAAAGCCACAAGGACCACCCCCACAAGGAGGCAGCAAGUCCCGAAGUUCCCGAUCUCCUCCAGGAAAGCCACAAGGACCACCCCCACAAGGAGGCAACCAGCCCCAAGGUCCGCCACCUCCUCCAGGAAAGCCACAAGGACCACCCCCACAAGGAGGCAACCAGCCCCAAGGUCCCCCACCUCCUCCAGGAAAGCCACAAGGACCACCCCCACAAGGAGGCAGCAAGUCCCGAAGUUCCCGAUCUCCUCCAGGAAAGCCACAAGGACCACCCCCACAAGGAGGCAACCAGCCCCAAGGUCCCCCACCUCCUCCAGGAAAGCCACAAGGACCACCCCCACAAGGAGGCAACCAGCCUCAAGGUCCCCCACCUCCUCCAGGAAAGCCACAAGGACCACCCCCACAAGGAGGCAGCAAGUCCCGAAGUUCCCGAUCUCCUCCAGGAAAGCCACAAGGACCACCCCCACAAGGAGGCAACCAGCCCCAAGGUCCCCCACCUCCUCCAGGAAAGCCACAAGGACCACCCCCACAAGGAGGCAGCAAGUCCCGAAGUUCCCGAUCUCCUCCAGGAAAGCCACAAGGACCACCCCCACAAGGAGGCAACCAGCCCCAAGGUCCCCCACCUCCUCCAGGAAAGCCACAAGGACCACCCCCACAAGGAGGCAACAAACCUCCAGGUCCCCCACCUCCAGGAAGGCCACAAGGACCACCCCCACAAGGAGGCAGCAAGUCCCGAGGUUCCCGAUCUCCUCCAGGAAAGCCACAAGGACCACCCCCACAAGGAGGCAACCAGCCCCAAGGUCCCCCACCUCCUCCAGGAAAGCCACAAGGACCACCCCCACCAGGAGGCAACAAUCCUCAAGGUCCCCCACCUCCAGCAGGAGGCAAUCCCCGGCAGCCCCGGGCACCUCCUGCUGGACAGCCCCAGGGACCACCACCCCCUCCUCAAGGGGGCAGACCUUCCAGACCUCCCCAGGGACAGCCUCCCCAGUAAUCUAGGAUUCAAUGACAGGAAGUGAAUAAGAAGAUGACUGUGAUUCAAAUGAUUCAAAUGCCAUGACAUUGGAACAAGGUGGUCAUAGCUCUAACUUCCGUAUACCAAUAAAAUGAUU